CUCUCCCUAUCAAUCCACACCGCUGCGGCGGAAAGUAAAAAAAGAGGAUGUCGUUCUUUUCGAACCUCGCACAAAUUCAAGCCCGCUCAAUAUACAUAAAAACCCAGCCAUGCUCCCGCAAUCUGGAAGAAUCGAAACUCAUCCUCGCCGCGCUCCAGAAAUUCGGCGAAGUCGUUAGCUUCCGCAACAACAGAUUGAACCCGUCAAGAGAAGGCGAUUUCGGCAUAUCAGGCGCUCCAAACGUGAACACAAUAAACGUAACCUUCGACUCCCCGCAAGCCGCGCAGGCCGCAAUAAGUUCAUCCCCUCUCCUCAUUGACCUCCGCGGUAUCGAAAAAUCGAACUCUACAAACCAUGCGAAUACCGGUGACAGUGCCAACGCCGCCGCCGAAACCGACGCCGACGAAACACCCCUACAAGACCUUAAACCUCGACCAGGAACCUCGCUUCGACACCCGCGAACAAUGAUACGGUGCUCCAUCACAGAAUCCAAGGUGGACCAUGUGUCAGCAGCGAAGAGGAACCCUUUCUUUGGGACAUUUAACCCGUAUGUGCGGAGUCCUGUCUAUAAAGGUCUUGUGGACAUUCUGGAUAAAAAUUUGAAGGGGCUGGCGGAUUGUUCAACAGCGAGAAAGACAGGUCAGCCUCCGAAUUUAUCAAAGGCUUCGUAUGAUGCAGCGAGUGCGAUGGGAGGCGGAUCGUUGUUCGGGCUAUGGAAACAGAGAGAUGUUUGGCAGAGAAAAGGGGAGGCGGAGGUGGCAAUACCGGAGUUGGUUAAGAAGAUAGAGGAGUUACAGAUGGACAUUGAGGUUCAGGGGCCACAAGAGGACAAAAUCGAGGAGAUAGCGGAAUUGGAGAGGCAGAUUGAGCAGACGGAGAAAUGGGAUAAGAAACAAAAGCAAGCUGAGACCCGCCAAGAAUUAAUCGAGAGGAGGCUUAGGGGGGUUAGGAAAAUGGAGAAGAAGAAGGCGAACGAGGAAAGGACGAGGAAAUGGCGAGAAGAGAAGGGACAGGAAGAGAUAAUAGGACAGACGACUGGGUGAAAAUGGUCGGAACGGUAUGUGCUAUACGAUUCUCAACGACCAUAAAAACCCCAGGGUUGCGUUCUGGGCGAAUUGCCGAUCCAGGAAGCAAAGAAGCAAAGGAACGCUUCGCGCCAGGUGUGAUAAUGGUGCUCCAACCCUACUACUCAUAUGCCUACGUUAUUCCGCUACCUACUGGCCCGAGAGGCACUGCUCGCUCCAGGAAUGGGACUCGCAAUCUACCAGGGCAACUUAGUCUGGGUUUAGAUGAAGGUGAAACACAUUGGUAUUAUAAUCCAUCACAAUGUUACAGAAGUGUUCGCCUUCGAGGCAACACCCAUCAUAUUCGAGGCAUCAGACAUUAUUCUUGACAGCAAUCAUCAAGC